AUGAUAAAUCUGCUGUUUUAUCAAUUGCUAACUACAACAUCGCUUGGCCAUCUACAGUCAUGUCAACCGACUACUUGUUCCGCACCAAAUAUUGUAAUCUCAAUUUUUUUGUUAAAGUUAGCCUUAUUAAACAAUCUUGCUUUAUUAACUACAUUAGAAGAGGUUUUAACGCCACUAACAAUGUUAUUUUAAUGUUUACCUCCGAUUGUAAGAGCCCUUGAUUGUGUUUACCGUACACGUUGGAGUAACAGCUGUCUGAGGUAGCAGUUAAAAGUAAAAAUCAUCCCAGCUUCCAAUUAUUUUCGUUCACAAUGUUGUGGUUUUUGUUUUUAUGGGCUGGAAGGACUUGUUCUACGUUUAUGACAAUAUUAUAGUAGUUUUUUUAUAAGAAAUGACUAUUAUUCUAUAAAAAAAGUUUAAAGAAAUUGGAACGUUGAAGGGCAUUUUUUUUGUAAGCAGCUUUUAGAAUAUCAGGCGACUAUUUGAUCAAUCUAUAAACUUUUUUUGUUGAUGUAGUAUAAUGUAAAAUAGGUAACAAGAAGUACUGGUUUUUGGUCAAAAGUCAUAAUCGAAAGAACAGGUAAACUGGUAUUGUCAAACAAUGUUUCUGAUGUUUGACGUAUCGUUUGUUUAUAAAAAGUCGUUAUCAGCGCCCGAUUUUCUGCAGCAAAACAUAAAAGUAAAAGCUUGGAAGGGCCUGAUCUGAUUCACAUGAUUUCAUUCCGCCGACCACCGCUGGCCACAAAUAAUCGCUUUCAACUUUAGAGCAAGCUGAGAGAUUCCAAGGACGGUCAGGAGGAUUUUGUAUGUUGCUGUGGUCUGUUCGGCGCACCUGAAUCCGUGUUUGUGGCUCCACUAUCAGAAGAGGUUCGAGCCGGCCCGGAAGCCCCGCCCCCAGUGAUAGAGAAGAUGGCGGGAAGCGAGGGGACACCUUCAUUGUUGAGCGUCGAAGAAAUGGAACGACAGCGACGUGUUUCGGCUUCGGAGCCGUUAUUGCCAGAGGCAAUUAGUCUGAUCCAGGAAGAUCUCCGCAAGAGCAAGACCUUUGCACUACCACAUGUCUUCGUGGUGUUCGGAGCCUCCGUAAGUGUUUUUAUGCGUAAUCGAGAGCAGAAAGUGUUUUUGGAACGUCGAAGAGCUUGUUUACUAAUGUUUUGAAUUAGCAAACCUUGGGUUUUGCAUUAAAAACCUAUUUUUUGUUACUUUAAAAGAACUUUAAUGCAUUUCCAGGUCUUGUAAUAAAGGAACAUGAUGAUUUAUACAAUAAAAAAUAGAAAAUUAAAGGAUAAUUAUGUUUUUGUUAAUUUCCAGGGUGAUUUGGCCAAGAAGAAGAUCUUUCCGACUCUGUGGUGGCUUUACAGAGAUAAACUGUUGCCCGAACACAUUGUCUUCAUUGGCUAUGCUAGGACAAAGUUGACCUUAGACAAGUUGCGGGAGUCUUUUGAGAAGAACUGCAAGGUCAGAGAUGGAGAGAAGGAUCGUUUCGAAGACUUUAUCAAGUGUAUUACCUAUGUGUCUGGCCAAUACGAUAAGGACGAAGGAUUCGAAACCCUGAAGAAGAGUUUCGAUGCUAUUGAAGCCAAGUUGAACAAGCCUUUGAACAGAUUGUUCUACUUGGCUUUGCCUCCGAAUGUUUUUGAACCGGUUACAAAGUUUGUGAAGAAGCAUUGUAUGGACAAAGGGUAACGGUUACUGUAACAUUACUGAAGUUUUUUGUGUUUUAGUAACUCUUGGACUCGAGUAGUGAUUGAGAAGCCAUUUGGACAUGAUUCUGAAUCCUCGAAUGCCUUAUCUAAACAUCUGAACAGUUUGUUCUCGGAGGACCAGAUCUACCGUAUCGAUCAUUAUCUUGGCAAGGAGAUGGUACAAAACUUGGUCGUUUUGAGGUUGGUUUUUGUUUUACGUAUAACACGUUAUUGUAGUAAUUACAUGGUGUUACAAUAUCUUCUAAACAAUGUUUUAGAUUGGGUAACCGCUUUAUUGGCCCAACUUGGAACAGGGAUCACAUUGCCAGCGUCAUGAUCUCAUUUAAGGAAGACUUUGGAACUCAAGGUCGUGGAGGUUACUUCGAUUCGAGUGGAAUCAUCAGAGAUGUGAUGCAGAACCAUCUUAUGCAGAUUCUGACUCUAGUAGCAAUGGAGAAGCCUGCUUCAUUGUCCGCUGAUGACAUUAGAAGCGAGAAAGUCAAGGUUCUCAAGUCCAUCAAGGAACUGGAGCUGAAGGACCUUGUUUUAGGUCAAUACGUCGCUGAUCCUGAGGGCAAAGGUAAGCAAAAUGUUUGUAAAUAGCGUUUUGUUCGAAAAGAGAUUGUGUUUUUGAAGAAAAAAGAGUUUGAAUAACAAUUUGGGUUUUGUGUUUCACCCUGAAAGCAGCACAAGGUAUACUUUUGUAGGAGACAAACUACAAUUUCGACAGAGAUAGGGCUGCAAACAAUGAUUUUUGGUUCACAGUUGUAAUUUUUGAUGAUUAUUUGUUAUUUUUAUUUGUAUUUUGUGGUCAUUGGGAUGUGAAAUUGACAAUUUUGAUGAUUGGCUAAAAUAUUGCUAUCGUACAUUUGUUAAUCAUGCUAAUUAAACCGUAUAUUGUUUACUAUAACAUUCAUUUUUAGACGAAGACGCCAGGACAGGUUACCUACAAGACCCAACUGUACCAAAUGACUCUGUAACCCCUACCUUUGCUACGGCCGUUCUCAGAAUCAACAACGAACGAUGGGAGGGCGUGCCAUUCAUUCUUCGGUGUGGCAAAGCUCUGAAUGAAAGGAAGGCUGAAGUCAGAAUCCAGUACAAAGAUGUGUCUGGAGACAUCUUCAAGGCCGGCAGCUUGAAACGCGACGAGUUGGUUAUCCGAGUACAACCCAAUGAAGCCGUCUACUUGAAGUUGAACACCAAAAAACCUGGCUUCGACUUUGAAGCUGAAGAGACUGAACUUGACCUGACUCUUCAUUCCCGGUACAAGGUAAGCCUGCUUUUAUAUGUUAUUUGUAGAUUUGUAUUUUUGGUAUUGUUGCAAGUACUUUAAUAUCAAUUCAAAGGCAAACUAAAAAACAAUACUACAAUAUCUAACAAUACCUAAAAAUGUUUCAAAUAUAAACCACAAUAAAAAUCCUAAACCGAGACACUUUAAAGGAUUUGCGGCUUCCCGAUGCUUACGAACGGUUGUUCUUUGACCUGAUGGAAGGUCAACAGUACAACUUUGUCCGCAGCGACGAGUUGGAACACGCUUGGCGCAUAUUCACUCCCGUCCUGAAGCAAAUCGAAUCGCAAAAAGUGAAACCAGAGAACUACGUCUACGGAUCUCGAGGACCCAAGGCCAGCGACGAGAUCAUGAAGCAGAACGGCUUCGUCUUCACUGGCACUUACAAAUGGAACCCACCCCACAAACUCUGA